CAGGCGACGGCAGUUUUACCGACAGACCGCCGCAACACAUGUGGAAAAUCUUAAAAAUAUGUCAGGUCGUCUCUGUUAUUGCCUUUUUGAGACUCCGGAAGCAUGGAUUCGAAUCAGACAUUGAAGCAAGGGUCAUGCAAAACACAAAAGACUUACCUGGUGCUGACGAAGUCGAGACAGGACCCCCACAUCACGUAGCCAUCAUCACCAGACCGGCCAAUAAAAGCUUUCUGUGGUGCGGGGGCUCGAUCGUUUCAAGAAAAUUCAUCCUCACCGCAGCCCAUUGCCUGGAAAACUCACAAGACGCUAGAAUUAAUUUAUAUCCCACGACAAACGAUCAGUAUAGUGUAAGGAGUAACAAAUUCAAGAUUCAUCCAAAAUGGCAGCCACAACUCCUUCAGAACGACAUCGCCCUGAUCGAACUGCCCCAUCCUCUACGCCUACCGGAUCUGAACCCCAUCGAGUUAUCUUUCAGCGCCAAGAUCGCUUCUAAACUACCAGCGACCGUGUAUGGGUGGGAAAAACAAGAUCCUCGACCGAUAUGGGGCAGAUACGAUGUGGUUAUUAUAAGUAACAAAGACUGUGCUGUGUUUUACGGAGCUUUAAUCACAAAGUAUACCCUGUGCGCCAAAAGCGAUGGGCAAGGAAACGGUUGCCACGGUUCCUCGGGUGGUGCGUUGGUGAUAGACGGUCUACUGGUGGGUAUCGUGUCUUUUGGGACCGACCAUUGCGAUUUGGGAUAUCCCGUGGUGUAUACCAAAAUCUCGCGAUAUAAAAAGUGGAUUGAAAAGAAUUUCGACAUUUAAUGUUCCAGUAUUUCGGUGUUUGUAGUGGAAGGUUGUAAUAAGUUGCACAUUUAAAAAAAUUAAAUUGUUAACAUUC